AUGAACUAAUAAAUUACCUAGCAGUAAUUCACAGUCAAGAGAAUAGAGUCCUUGGAUGAAUUAGAUAUGGCGAUGAAAAUGAGAACAAAAGUAAUUCAGACAAAUCAGAUAUUCAAAAAGUUUUCUUUUGAUUAAAUAUACUCUGGAGAGGAAUAACGAGCUACUUAAAAAAUUAUCUAAGAGGGAUUUGGAUAUUGUGCUCUAAAUGAAUUUGGUGAAAUAGUUUCGGUUGUACUAUCUUUUGAUUUGACAUUUGAACCUUAUUAAAACCCUGAUUAGUUGACUCCACCUCAGUUGUCUCUAUAUAAAGCUAGAAAUUAGGCGUUAGCAAUUUUAAAUCCUGAAUAAAAGGGUCAAGCGUAUUGGGUAGGUUACUCAGCUACAAAGGAAGAGUGCAGAAGACAAGGGCUGCAAUGGAAAAUGAUUUUAACAGCUUGCUAAGAAGGACACAGAAGAGGUAUUCAAUUUGCAGCUAUUCAUAUCAUCAGUUUUGAGAGUCAUUCUAUGGCUAAAGCGUUUGGAAUGCAUGUUUUUGGCUAUUCAGAAGCAAGUGAUCCCACAGAUAAGAGACAAUAUUUUAUGGGUGAUGGAGAGUUCACUAAGGAAAUGGGAAUCAACGCAGUCGCUAUAAUAGAAGUCAGAAAAUUAUAAGAAUUAGUUUAUUCUUCAAAGUUAUGA